GCACCUUUGGCAGUGAUUACAGCCUCUCUGUCAGGUUGGAUGGGGAGCGUCGCUGCACAACUAUUUUCAGGUCUCUCCAGAGAUGUUCGAUCGGGUUUACGUCUGGGCUCUGGCUGGGCCACUCAAGGAAAUUCAUAGACUUGUCGUAAAGCCACUCCUGCAUUGUCUUGGCUAUUUGCUUAGGGUCGUUGUCUUGUUGGAAGGUGAACCUUCGCCCCAGUCUAUGGUCCUGAGAGCGCUAAACGAGGUUUUCAUCAAGGAUCUCCUUGUACUUUGCUCCAUUCAUCUUUCGCUCGAUCCUGACUAGUCUCCCAGUUCAUGCUGCUGAAAAAUAUCCCCACAGCAUGAAUCUGCCACCACCAUGCUUCACCAUAGGGAUGGUGACAGGUAUCCUCCAGACGUGACACAUGGUAUUCAGGCCAAAUAGUUCAAUCUUGGUUUCAUCAGACCAGAGAAUCUUCUUUCUCUUGGUCUGAUUCCUUUAGAUGCCAUUUGGCAAACUCCAAGCGGGCUGUCAUGUAUCUUUUACUUAAGAGUGGCUUCCGUCUGGCCACUACCAUAAAGGCCUGAUUGGUGGAGUGCUGCAGAGAUGGUUGUCCUUCUGGAAGGUUCUCCCAUCUCCACAGAGGAACUCUGAAGCUUUGUCAGAGUGACCAUCGGGUUCUUGGUCACCUCCCUGACCAAGGCCCUUCUCCCCCAAUUGCUCAGUUUGGCCUGAUCGGCCAGCUCUAGGAAGAGUCUUGGUGGAAGAAGUUUGGUGGAGGCCACUGUGUUCUUGGGGACCUUCAAUGCUGCAGAAAUGUUUUGGUACCCUUCCCCAGAUCUGUGCCUUGAUACAAUCCUGUCUCCGAGCUCUACGGACAAUUCCUUCGACCUCAUGGCUUGGAUUUUGCUCUGACAUGCACUGUCAACUGUGGGACCUUAUAUAGAUCUGUGUGUGCCUGCCUUUCCAAAUCAUGUUCAAUCAAUUGAAUUUACCGCAGGUUUAGAAACAUCUCAAGGAUGAUCUCAUAGAAAAGGGUCUGAAUACUUAUGCAAAUAAGGUAUUUCUAUUUGUUAUUUUGGAUACAUUUGCAAACAUUUCUAAAAACCUGUUUUGCUUAGUCAUUUUGGGUUAUUGUGUGUAGAUUGCUUUAGAACAAGGCUGUAACUUAACAAAAUGUUUCUGUAUACACUGUAUGUACAGUACAUGUGCAAUGUACUACAUAUUGCUUAUAUAAGCCAGAAAUAACAGCUAGAGAUAGACAGAGAAAUGUUUUUCUAGUUAUGCACUGUCUCUUCGAUAUGUCACAAUCCCCAUUGGACACAGUCACUGGUUCCUAACAGCUGUCUUUGAAUGGAUGUGCUUGGCCUAAAAUAUGAGAGGAUUCAGUUCCUUCUCCUUUUUAUUUGGUUCAGAGUGGCAAAAGAAUAGAGGAACACGGGUGAGACUACGAGAAGAGUGUCCUGAGUCUGUGAAGGUGUUUCAGGUGUUCCGCUGUUUCGUUGGUAACAAUGGAUCACGUCAAGGCAACCGCAGAUUACUAUAUAUAUGAAGACAGCUACAACUAUUCAUCUGAAACAGGCAGUAGCCAAUCCAGUAGCGUGCCCUGCAACCAGGAUGGCAUCAUGGACUUCACCCGGAGCUACUCCCCUGUGGUCUAUAGCCUGGUGUUUGUGCUGGCGCUGGUGGGUAACAUCCUAGUGCUGUGUGUGCUGAUGCGCUACCGUACCUCUCAGACAGGUGGGACCUGCUCCUUCUCCCUCACCGACACCUUCCUGCUCCACCUGGCCGUGUCCGACCUCCUGCUGGCCCUCACGCUGCCCCUGUUCGCCGUCCAGUGGGCCCACCAGUGGGUGUUCGGCAUGGCCGCCUGCAAGAUUUCCGGAGCCCUGUUCUCUCUGAACCGCUACAGCGGCAUCUUGUUCCUGGCAUGCAUCAGCUUCGACCGCUACCUGGCCAUUGUCCACGCCAUCAGCACCGGCUGGAAACGCAACACCUGCCAUGCACAGAUUGCCUGCACCCUGAUCUGGACAGUGUGCUUGGGCCUGAGUGGGGUGGACAUCACCUUUAGACAAGUGGUGAAGGUGGAAGUGGGGCGUUCAGGGGACCAUCAGGGCCUGCUGGUGUGCCAGACGGUGUUCCCCCACAGCUCAGUGCAGUGGCAGGUGGGGAUGCCGCUAGUCAACUUGGUGCUGGGUUUUGGGCUGCCCCUGCUGGUCAUGCUCUACUGCUACAUCCGUAUCUUCCGCUCCCUUUGCAACGCCUCGCGUCGCCAGAAGAAGAAGUCCCUUCACCUCAUCGUCUCCCUGGUGUCCAUGUUUGUGGUCUGCUGGGCGCCCUACAACUCCUUCCAAUUGGCCGAAAGCCUGAAUAAGCUGGGCGUGAUUAGUGGAGGCUGCCAAUUUGGCCGCACGGUGGACAUCGGGAUCCUGGUGUCUGAGAGCAUGGGCCUGUCACACUGUGCCCUGAACCCGCUGCUGUACGGCUUUGUGGGGGUGAAGUUUAGGAGGGAGCUGACCAGAAUGUGUAAGGGGCUGCUGGGACAGAGGUUCUAUCCAGGGAUGAAGGAAUGGGGAGGACAGAGGAAAACACGGAGGCCCACUAGGUCCUUCAGCUCAGCAGAGAGUGAGAACACCCACUCUGUCAUGGCGUGAGCCAGCCACGUGCACAGAUAGGGGUCUACCUGUGCCCGAGCACCUUUUUGUUGUUGUUCUGAACCCACAAGUCAUCGUAAAGUUGUCAAGUUCACCAUCCCCAACCCCCCAUCCCAUUGGUCUGCCCUGUACAGAGCUUGCGUGUGCCUGGUAUCCAAACAUGCAUGGCUUGAAAUGCAGUCACCGGUUGAGUCUGUGUAGCAAGCUACCUAGUUUAAAUAUCAACAGUACUGCCACAGCAGCAUAACAUUUGAUCUACAUCAUCAUCAAUAUUUGGUUUGGCCUACAUAGCCUUCGAGCAGCAGAGAGGCAGAAGACAUAGAGAGAAACAGCUGCAUUCAGGCUCUACAACCCUCUGACCCAACUCCAUCCCAUCAUCAGUCAGGUGUUGCACAUGUGUGUCAGGGCAGCAGCAACACAGGUAGUCUGGACUUUAGCUAACCACCAUACACUAAAAUAUCCACACAAGCCACCAGCCAACCAACCAUAUACUUACUAUAGCAUGAGUUAGAAGAGUAUGAAUAUUAUAGUAUAUUAUGAAGUUAUGAUUUAAGAGCAUUGAAGAGAAUCACAAAAAAUGCUAGUUAACUAUCAGAUUUACAUCAAUCAUCAACACAAUGAUUAGCUGAUAGCCUAUCCUCUUUACCCGAUGUCAGUCAUGUUUAGGAAGCACUUUAAAUAUAUAGGUUUAUGUUUGUGUUUUUUUAGGUAGUAUGUUAUACAUUUAGAGAUAUCAUUUUUUUAAAGGUGGUUGUCACUAGUUACCACAGGCACAUAAUGUAAAAAUUCAUGAAAACAAAUAUUAGCUUUUUGGUCUUAAUUUAAGGUUAGGGUUAGGCAUAAGGUUAGCAGUGUGGUUAGGGGUUAUGGGUGGUUAGGUUUAAAAUCAGAUUUGAAGAAGAGAAAUUGUAGAAAUAGGCGGAGCCUAGCCAUAAUUAUGACUUUGUGGCUCUGGUAACUAGUGAGGACCGUGAAAGGUCUGUGCAUCCCGGCCCAGGUGAGAGCCUGGAGAGAGGGAGAAAGAGAGAGAGAGGGAGUGGGGGAUGUGGAGACUGACAGAAAAGGAGAGGAAGAGAGAAUACAAGUCAAAAGGGGGACAGGUAAUAUUGAACUAGUGGGUGCUGAAAAGAGGGAACACAAAUUGUUUAUUGUGAAAAUGACAAAAUGGGAAAGAAAUACAGAUGUGCACAUUGUGUCAAAGUGAGGAAAAAACUUAUGUUAUUUUGUUGUGAUACGUUCCUCUGGUGCUUCCUGAUAGUGGCCCUGCUCCUACUGUAAUAGGUCAACAUUAUGGUGCUUUUAAAGACAACACAUUCUCAGGGAGGACAUUUUUCAUAUAGUAGCCUAUUUUCACUCUCUUCUUGUAAUUUUGGUUAAUGAAAUUCUACUGUCCAUCCAAUCGUACAGCCUUCCAAGUUAAAACCCUAUCUGCCUCUCGUGUGACCAUGUUAUCCCAUCUGCCUCUAGUAGUGUGACCAUGUUAACCCCAUCUGCCUCUAGUGUGAGCAGCAAAGACUGCAUAAUAUGAAGGUGAGCAGUGAACAAUUUCUCAAGCUGUUUAGUUUCCUGAUAAGUUGAUGACUAUAAUUUCAAGGAACUGGAUAAUUUCUUGCAAAAUAUAUUUUUUUAAAUGUAUGAAACCUACUUCCUCAAAAGGGCCAAGUCAUCACUAUAUGUGUUACUCAUAUGUUGUCUUGUGUUUUUGAAGGCAGCAAACACUUAUACAUUUCAAAUCCUGCAGCAAUAGUUUUUUCUUUGUUUGAUUGCUUCAUUUGUUCACUGGGGAAACAAAGGUGUUAAGUAAGUCAUGACAGACAUGCAGCUUUACUUAUGGCAAAUGUUGACAUGUUCUUUGGUACCAGACUGUUAUUCAACAUUUUCUAAUUCACUUCUUUAGAUGAGAUUGUUAUACAUCAGUCAGCACAACACAUACAGUGCCUUGCGAAAGUAUUCGGCCCCCUUGAACUUUGCGACCUUUUGCCACAUUUCAGGCUUCAAACAUAAAGAUAUAAAACUGUAUUUUUUUGUGAAGAAUCAACAACAAGUGGGACACAAUCAUGAAGUGGAACGACAUUUAUUGGAUAUUUCAAACCUUUUUAACAAAUCAAAAACUGAAAAAUUGGGCGUGCAAAAUUAUAAGCCUGAAAUGUGGCAAAAGGUCGCAAAGUUCAAGGGGGCCGAAUACUUUCGCAAGGCACUGUAUGUACAUAGGAUUGUAUACAUGUAUUUCUAUGUUGUAGAAAUCUUAGGAAGUAGAAUAAAACAUUGGGGGAAAUGUACAUUUGAUAUAUCAAUAAAUAAAUUAUAUGCAAAUA